AUGGCUGCCAAGAUACAGGAGCAGUGGCAGCAUUGGGUGUGCCCACGAGUUCAAUUAGGAGAUGAAUGCCGCAGCAGCUCAGAUCUUGGCUUCACCUUCGUGGGUGAAUUGCACAGAGACUGCUGCGACCUUACCCGCAUCAGGGCAGAGGCAUCCUCAUGCGGCCGUGAUUCCAACAACUUCGAGUCGUUACCACAGCGCUACCUCAUCAGGCAUUACUUUGAGAACACCAAGACAACAUACCAAAUGCUUGAGGAACCUUCUGGCUUCUGCCUGUACGGUUACCUUACAGCGUUGAUGGUGCUUGCCUGGCACAAUCUUCCCGAGCAUGCAGCGGAUGCACUGCGCCACAUCUACGUUGCGCGGCAUCUGCUAGGCCACUACCACUCCUUCGAUUUUGUGGAAUCUUCAUCUUGGCCGGUCUCCUCAUUUCUUGUGUUGGUGAACUUCCAUGCCGGCGGCACUUGGAUCCCACUGAAUUCUGCCCCAGACUAUGCACAUCCUGGACAAUUCGGACCAGCCUUCUACUAUGAGCGCCUUGCUUGGCGUGGCACUGCAGAAGCAGCGAAGCCAGCACCUGGCACAGCCCCGUUCUUUCGACUCCCGGGAGAGAGUCCUCCCACAGAGUGGCGUGGUCUUGGAAGCAGGUUGAGCCAACGCCGCCAUCUAGUUGUCUGGCAAUUCUGCAUCCACACCUCGACGGCCGGUGAGGCGGUAACUAUGAUCACCCGAUUCCUCAAUGAUGACUACAACAUUGAGUUUCGUGGAAACUCGCUUGCCACGCAGCUCUGUGCCAACUAUCGACCCUCCCUGUGCGCAUCUGGCCGAAAUCUUCACUUCUUGGAUUGGCUGUCCGCGCGAUUUGAGGCCCUGAGCGCAGCUUUCCAAUGUUUCGCAGAAAUCUUCAGAUCAGCAUCCGUUGCGCAGGCAGAGGAUACGAGUCUUGCCGAGCUCUCCGCGAGCUUUCAGCAGGAAAUGAUGCCACAGCUUUUGGAGGCAGAGCCAAGGAUGUUUGGAUGUGCUCCAUCCCUGCAGUUUGGUGUUGGUUGCUGUGGGAUGCAGCCAUCACUGCCAAAGCUCAACAUCGACAGCAACGGUCUGCCGAUCCUGCAGUACGUGCCUCGAGACGAUCGAACGCGCUUCUUAGAGGGUUUCGUUGAGCUCGGCAUGGACGAGCGAAAUAUCGUGGCUGCUAACAAUGCAUACCUCGCUGAGGAGGUUGCGUGGCAGACGGGGCUCAGAAUCCCAACUCUCCGAAUCCAUGGUCUACAUACCAAUGCCACGUAUUUUCCGCUUCGGAAUUCUGAGGUCUUGGUCUCACGGCCCGGAACCAGCGGUGGUUGGCAAGAGUGUGUUCUAGAUCGCUUUGUGGACGCAAACCCCCAGUAUGCCUUGCGCUUUGUGCAAUUCACAAACUUGCUGAACCCGGACACGACAGAGGAGGUCUACAACAAUACCCUCUCCUAUAGAUCUCUGUCGCAGUUCCGCGCUGUGGUGGGCUUCCCUUACGACACGUCAUUGAUGUUCUUCUGGGAGUUCUUCUCGAUGAACAUGCCGACUUUCGUACCCUUCCAGCUCUGGCAUUGGGGUGUCUUUGGCCAGCACACACGGCCAGAUUUGGAACAACCGCGCAUCUUCCCAGACGAAGGCCUAGUGCGGUCAUCGCUGGUCCCGGAGGAGGACCGGCUUCCGUACUCUCCCUUUUUUGAUGGCUUUGGACCCCUAGAUGUUGAGCGAUCCGUCUUCUGGUCCAAAUUUACGGACUGGGCGAUGUUCCCGCAUGUGCAGUACUUCCAGUCAGUGCCUGAUCUCAUGGUCCAGCUUACGACAACUGAUCUACAGGCAGUGUCUUCUUCCAUGAAAAACUUCAAUGAGGAGUGCCUCAUGAAGAGCAUCCGUGCCUGGCAAUACGUCGUGGAACGUUGGUUGAGUCUGGAAGCUUUCACUGCCUGA